GCUGUACUUGGGAAAUCCCAUGGACCCUCCUGACGUUUUAGGUGUGGACCCAAGCGCUGCCAGACCCACCCAGCUUCCAGGCAGGGCUAAAAGGCAGCCGCCUCCGCGCCCGCCUCAGCCUACCGUCCUGCUCACCAAGCCCUGCUACGACCCGGUCACUGAGGAGGAGGAGGGUCUGCCAGGGGGUCUCCGGAAACUCUGCCUGAAGAAGCCAGGCACAGGGAAGGGUCUGCGACCAGUCAAGCCGGGGUGGGGUACCCCCUCACCAGUGGGGGAGCUGACAGCCCCAUCGUUGGCCAAGCUGGCCAUGGAAGCCUUCUCCUUGCUGGACAAGACCCCACCGCAGAGCCCCACGCGGGCUCUACCCCGGCCCCUCCACCCCACGCCGGUGGUGGACUGGGAUGCCCGACCCUUGCCCCCGCCGCCCGCCUACGAUGACGUGGCGCAGGAUGAGGACGACUUCGAGGUCUGCUCCAUCACCAGUCCCCCAAGCCGGCGAGGCAAGACCAACUACGGCUUUGUGGACGAGGGUGAGCGUGGACCGGUGGUGGAGGACAAUCUCUUCCUGCCCCCCAAGGAGACCAAGCAGCCCAGCCUGACACAGACCACUGAGCUUUUUGAGGAGCUGCAGCAGGAGUGCAUGAAGAGGCUCAACGUCCCGCUGGGACCGGCCACCCCCGCUGACGACAAGCCCCAAAUUCCGCCCCGUGUCCCUAUCCCACCCCGUCCCCUACGCCGCAACGAGCCUGGGCGCUGGUCAGGGGAUCUUUCCCCGGCUUCAGGGGGUGAGGAAGACCGGCCGCCCCAGAUUCCCCCCCGGGACCCGCUGUCGCAGCCCACCUCCCGGACACCCAGCCCCAUGGCCCUGCAGGUGGGCUCCCCCCAGCAACGUGCUGCCCUCUGCUCCUGCCUCUCCACCUCGCCAGGGAAGCCCAUGCCCACCACGCAGAGCUUUGCCCUAGACCCCAAGUACGCUACCCCCAAGGUCAUCCAGGCGCAGGGCAAGGACUGCUCCAAGGGACCCUGCAUCCUGCCCAUCGUGAAGGAUGGGCAGAAGGUCAGCAGCACCCACUAUUACCUGCUGCCUGAGCGCCCUGCCUACCUGGACAAGUACGAGAAGUUUUUCAAGGAGGCCAAAAGCCCCGAGGAGGUGCCGGCAUCCCGCCUGGUCACCACAGCCACCGUCCGUCCUAUGGUGCAGCAGCCGCCGCUGGACUGCAAGGCCAACUUCUCCUCCAACAACAGCAAUCCUGGGCCCAAGUGCCUGGUGAAAGCCUCCUGCAGCCUCCAGAAGAUUGUCUAUGAUGGGCCGGAUGGCUGCCGCCCCGCUGACAAGAUCCGGCUGGUAAGCAGCAUCCCCAGGGUAUGCGAGAGGGGACACGGUGUGCCCACCGAGGAUUGCCAGGCAGCCCUGCAGAACCCCGGCUGGAGUGUCCAGCGGGCCAUCCAGUACCUGAAGGUGGAACAGCUCUUCUGCCUGGGGCUGAAGUCUCGCGUCGAGUGCCACCGGGUGCUGGAGAUGUUUGAUUGGAACCUGGCCCAGGCUAGCUCCCACCUCCUCGAUCCCUACAGCACCGCCCGCCAGAAGUAG